AUGGCAUACCGCAAUACAGAUAGUCGACAGGCUCACUUAUCGUUCUCUUGCUUCUCCGGUCGAAUGAUGUCACUAUUCCGUAGUCUUUGUCGUGGAGUCUGGCCGAAAAUGCUGAGGAUAGCCUUGGGAGCACUCUUUGUUUUAUAUUCAACUCCAUUUGGUGAGUGUUCUCUUCUGGUUGAAUGUUUUUGUGUCCUAAAUUGUUGCGAAAUAUAAAUUGUACAGUGCGAUGUUAUGAUUUAUAACAAUGACUGAGGAGUAAAUCGUUUGACAUUCAAAUUUAGUCCGAUUUUCCUCGUAAACUUCGGUGAUUUUAAGCCUGGUUGAUAAAUUUCACAACGCUUGUCGAAAUUUCGAUCGAUGACAAGUUUUAAUCGAAGUGACUUAGUGCCCAUUUUGAAUUAUUAUUUGGUAUUGCGGGUGAUGAUGUUUACGUUGAAUGUUGAAACUCUUUGUGACAACCUAUUUUUCAACUGUUCGAAAUUAAAAACAUCUUUGAGUUAAAAACAACAUGACCGUAAAACGAUGGAUCUUUCGGCAUCACACUGCGGUUGAUUUUCGCUAUUUCUGACAAAAAAUUGGUGUAAAAUUUUAUCCGCAAUGAGAUAUUGUUGCGCCUUCGUCACCAUGAAUUUUAAUAAAAGAAAUAUUAACUAGUAUUGCAGCGCUAUAUAGGUUGUGUGAUAUUUUACCACUUUGAAAAAUUUCCUGAAAGGAAAAUGGUAUACCUAGAAGUACUUACGUUUUUUCUUGGAAUCUUUAUUAAAAUUUUGACUCUUUUUCGCUGAGAAGAAAUUAAAACAUCAGUUGGCAAAAAAAUCUCUUCGUACACAAGAAGUUUACGACAAUUUACAUUUUUAUUCGUUUGGUUCAAAUCCACAUGCAAACAGUGCAUUAAUUAGCAGUGUUUUUAAAGUGUUGGGUCACUAAAGACAAUAAUUUUUCUGAAUAGGCCUAAGAAUCGAGAGAAAAUUUCUUGAAUACUUGGAUACUCGGUGAUGUGAUUAACUUUUUCUGUAAGAUAACCAAUCUACUAUAAAAUUUGUCAAACUUGGUGUUCGACCGUGUUUGCUUAAGGCAUAUUUUGUCGCGUUCAUGGCGGUUUUGAGCCCUAGAGACAAGUCAGACAAUUGAUGUGACCCAGAAAAACAAAGCAGAAACCGAAAGUCGUCCGAACAAAUAAAGAAAUUGAAGAUUUUGCGUUUCGUUGAACACACAAUGAGAAAGUUACACAGAAAAAGCUAAUGCUACCCCUGUUUAGUGGUGUUGAAAGCAAGGAACUUUCCGUUAUAUUUCAUUGAAAUCCCGAAAAUUUGCAGUUUGAAACCCUCACACGCGGUUAACCACUUAUAGUUUCUUAUAGGAAGGAAGCCACCACUCCGCCCAGAAUAUGAUUUUGUCACUAUCGUUUGACACGUCCUUAUGACAAGGCUAUAAAUAUUUAAAAGAGAAAUUAUAAAGUGACCGGCCUGUUUUGUCUCGUAAUUCACUUGACGAUAUUAAAUACAUAAAUUGAAACUGUAUCAGUUCUGGCUCUUUCAGUAUUUUCGGACUUUUUCCAUCAAAUGAAUGAAGGGUAAGUUUCAUAAGAAGUUUCAGUCGUUAGAGGGUAUUAGAAGAAAUUUUGUCUUAUCAACUGAGUUGAUAAAGUAAAUUGGCCACCUUUAAAAGUCACUUCUUCGUCAGAGCGGUGGCCACUCAGUUGAUAUAACCAAUCAAAUUGUCUUUCUUUCCAUCAGCCAUGUCCACCGAGUGCUAUGAAUGUACUUCUCUUGUAUCCAUGGAGGAUUGUUUUCAAUUCAUGAAGAAGACCGAAUGUCCAAAGCCAACAGAUCGCUGCCGUAACAUGACUGUUCAAGUUUUCGUCACAAUGCUCGGAGAAAAUCAGACAGGUUUCCAGAGGGGCUGCGCAUCUCAAGAUGAGUGUGUGUUCGAGCUUUGUUCGGGCCAUUUUGCGGAACACUACGGCGAGAAGUCACUCGCUUACAACGUUUGUCAGAUGAGUUGUUGUGAGGGGGAUUUCUGCCCCGAGGGAAACAUUACCAUCACUGAGGGAAAUGAAGGUCCGGUGAAAGGAGCGCGAGGCGGGAAAGGUUUUGAAAUUCUUGCGAGCGUUCCUGUCACGGUAACAAGUACUCUACUGAGCCUUGUCAGGGCCCGUUUGUUGUAAAGAUUAAGUUUUCAGCGUAAAGUAGAUGAUAAGGCAAAGUUUUAUCUCUGAAUCAGCGCCACAUCAAGCAUUGAAAAAUCUGCUUUGAUGUAAUUAACGCGGCAACAUUUUCAGUUUUUAAAUUUAUGUUCGAUUACUUUUUCAAUAACUCGACUAGUAAUUAAGAAAGAAAAAGGUUUCUAGUGCUGGAAAAUUACAAACCUAUUAAAAGUUUCUUAGAAUUGAAAAAGACUUACCAAGUUCCCUUUACUUUUUAUCUACAUGGGUAGAAUUUGAUAUAAGAAUUGGAGUUAGUAAAUACUUCAUGUUAUCAGUUAAAUGUUUGUGUCUCACUGAGACUAUUUUGUCAAGCAUUUUUAAAGAUGGGAUCUAUUUUUCCAUUCGUUAACCUGAGUUCAGCGGCCGUUAAUCAUAGUUAAUUAACACGACGAACAAAACUACGCCUCUUAACGAAUUUUUCCACACCACACCCUUUCUAAGGAACGUGGCGAAAGCGCGGGAAUUUUUUAACUUGGCGAAUUUUUCUGCGCGAAAAAGGAAAAUAAAUUUGCUGAUUGCAUUCGAAAAAGAGGCGGUUUUUUUCCACAGUGGUAAAAUAAAAUAGAGAAAAAUGCAGAAACGUCUCAUCCUCAGUUAAGGUAAUUGUGGUUUUGCUCUCCAUAGCAGCCGGUAAUCUUUGACGUGAUAUUAAUUUUUUCGUUAGCUACUUCUCCCAUCAGCCAGUGCUUUGGUUUUGAGACCAUUGGGGACUACUUAUAUACUAGCAUUUGAACAUUUUGAUAAAUAUAAGAUGUUUGUACUUUUUCACUUAAACUGCGAUGAUAAACUUACCAUAUAGCUGACCCAAUAGUUGACCAAUGUAUCUUCUUUUUUUUUACGUUUUUUACAUAAUAAAGUAUACAAUAAUAAGAUAUGCAGUAAAGUUAUCAGAUUGUGCGGAGUUCUUCUGGCAUUCCCAGGGAGGAGAGGGGAAGGGGAGAUAUUUGUGAAGAAAAAGGAAGGAGGGAGGACACAAAAUGACCCUGUUACUUCAAGGUCGCGUGUUUGGCCUAAGGAUGGAUGUUCACGGUCUCUCUAACCCUUGAGCGGUAUUUAUUCCGCUGUUGAAUCGAAAAUAACUGGAACCAAGAACAAUGGCUUUAAUUUUUCUUUUAAUAUCAAGCAGCUAC